CGCACUGUGUUGCUGUGUGUGACGCACUGUGUUGCUGUGUGUGACGCACUGUGUUGCUGUGUGUGUCGCACUGCUUUGCUGUGUGUGUCGCACUGUGGUGCGUGGCAUUGUGACAGUGGCAUUGUUGUAUGACAUGCAGGAGGGGGACCUCCGUCAGAGCCGGACCCCGGCUGUGUCCUGCGUCCUUUUGGGGAUCGGCGCAGCGUGUCUGUAUUACUACUUCAGACGCGUCUGCAAGGUGCCACGGCUCGUUUGCGCAUCUCCAUUGCGUAACUUCCUGGAAACUCACUGCCCGGUGCUAAAGGACGAGUAUCGGCCAACAUUUUGGUGCCAUGAAGGUCGCUUGCAAACAGUUUUCCGUGUCCUUUUUGUGUCCAGGCCACACGUGUCCUACAGGAAUGAAAUUCUUCCCACCUCUGACGGGGGGCAGAUCUCCCUGGACUGGGUUGAUAACCGUGGCAGCUGUCAGUUCCCUGACGGCUCCUCUCGUCCUACCAUCAUCUUUCUACCCGGACUCACGGGAAGCAGCCACCAAACAUACAUGUUGCACUUGGUGAUCCAGGCCAGCCGUGACGGAUACCGAUCUGUUGUUUUUAAUAACCGUGGCUUUGGGGGAGAAAAGCUGCUGACUCCUCGUACUUUCUGUGCGGCCAACACUGAGGACCUGCACAGGGUGAUCGGCCACGUCCGCUGCACUCUGCCGGCUGCUCCCCUCCUGGCCGUCGGAGUGUCCUUGGGAGGGAUGACUCUCCUGAAUUACCUGUCAGCCACGGGUGACGCCUCGCAGCUCUGUGCCGCCAUCUCCGUGUCCACGCCGUGGAAUGUUUUUGUGUCCACUGAGUCCCUGGAGAAGCCUCUGAAUUACCUUCUCUUUAACCAAACGCUCGUCAGGGGAAUAAAGAGAACCGUGGAAAAACACCGUGAUGUUAUUGGGCAGGUGGUGGACGUGGAUUAUGUGCUGCAGUCUCGCUCCAUCCGGGAGUUUGAUGAACGCUUCACGGCCCCGCUCUUCGGCUUCCAGUCCUGCGAUGAGUAUUACCGGAACGCGAGUCCUUGCCACAAGCUCGGUGGCAUCUCCACGCCGACGCUCUGUCUCAACGCUUCCGAUGACCCGUUUUCCCCCCGGGAAGCUCUACCCCUGGACGCCGUCUCCAGUCACCCCAGUGUUGCGCUGCUGAUCACACGCCACGGAGGCCACAUCGGGUUCCUGGAGGGUCUCUUCCCGAACCACCAGAGGUACAUGGACCGCGUGUUCAGCCAGUUCGCGGAGUCCGUGUUCCGGCACGGGGAGGAGCUGAGCGCAGUCACCACGCGGCUACCGGGAGAGCACCCUUUAUAACCUGUCCGAGCCGAACCCCCUGCGCCUGGAACUCAACGCGGCUCACUGCGUGGCAACAAGGCGGAGCUUACUGACACGCCCACCGCUAUAAGGGCCCAUGCCUGGUAACCCCGAUUUCCUGCGGGAACCCGUUAAUUCCACGCACUGCGUGUAAGACGCGUCGGUCGCUUUCUCCAAGUCCUACCUCACUCUCCUAUACGGUAAUUGAACAAGCGUUAAUAAAUAUGUACUAGACCCCU